AUGCCGGACAUUGAAAAUCCUCCCGAAGUAAACGAUGAAAACGUUAUUAAAAGAAGAGAACUUCUUUACAGGCUUAUUAUAAGCCAAUUAUUUUAUGACGGUCAUCAAAAUAUAGCCGUUAAUUUAACAUCUGCCAUUCAACCUGAUCCUCCAUGUCCUCCAUCGGAUAGAUUGUUUAAUUUGGUUUCUGAGGGUUUAAAAUAUGAGAAGGAAAUGCAACCGAAAAAGGACUCAAGAACUGGAUUAUUUCAGGAUACAUUAUUAGGACCAGGAUUAGAUUUAGAAUUUGAUACAGACAUUCAGACAAAUGCUCCUGAACCUGCUUUAUAUGUCACUGCUUAUGUUACCAGUCAUAAAGCUCCAUGUAGAGCUUGCGCUUUUAGUAAUGAUGGGCAAUUAAUUGCCACUGGUAGUGCAGAUACAUCUAUAAAGAUUUUAGAUGUUGAUAGAAUGGUGGCCAAAGCUUAUGAUGAAAGAGCUACAGCAACACAACAAAAAGAAAAUUAUGAAACUCAUCCAGUCAUUAGAACAUUAUAUGAUCAUUUAGAUGAAGUUACUUGUUUAGAGUUUCAUCCGAAAGAAGCCAUUUUAGUAUCUGGUUCGAGGGAUAAUACAGUCAAACUUUUCGACUACAGCAAAUCAUCAGUCAAAAAAGCGUAUAAAGUUCUUCAGGAUGCAGAACAAGUCAAAUGUAUGAGUCUUCAUCCGACAGGAGAUUAUUUAGUAGUCGGAACAAAUCAUUUUGUAGUCAGAGUUUAUGAUCUCACAACGGCUCAAUGUUAUGUUUGUAAUUUUCCAAGUCAUCAACAUACCAAAGCAGUUACCAGUAUCAGGUACAGCAAUGAUGGUAGACAAUAUGUUACAGCCAGCAGAGAUGGUAGCAUAAAACUAUGGGAUGGUGUAUCAAAUCGAUGUAUUAAUACAUUUCAAAAAGCUCAUGAUGGUUCCGAUGUGUGUUCUGUAGAAUUUUCAAGAAACAGCAAGUACAUUCUUUCAUCUGGUAAAGAUUCUUUGGUCAAACUUUGGGAAUUGACAACCAGUAGAUGUUUGAUAGCAUACACAGGAGCAGGAACCACAGGAAAGCAAGAACAUAGAGCUCAAGCUGUUUUUAAUCACACAGAAGAUUAUGUUAUGUUUCCAGAUGAAGCGACAACAUCUUUAUGCGCUUGGAAUGCUCGUAAUGCAUCAAGACGACAACUCUUAUCAUUAGGACAUAAUGGACCGGUUAGAAUGAUUAUGCAUUCUCCGACUGGUCCUGCAUUUGUGUCUUGUUCUGAUGAUCACCGAGCAAGAUUUUGGCAGAGAAGGACCAAAUAG